AUGGCCGAACAAGGUUCUGUAUCGGCAUCGUCCGAUACGCCAUUUGAAAAGCGAGUAUGGUAUCGCGGAACACUCUUCAAUGCCUGCAUUAUCGGAGCCGUCGGAUUCACAGCCCCGGGCUUGUGGAAUGCCAUGAAUGCUUUGGGUGCUGGCGGCGCGCAGGAGCCUUUCUUGAUUAAUGCUGCCAAUGCGCUCGUUUUCGGUCUUAUGGGUAUUUUGUGUCUGUUCGGUGGCCCAAUUGCCAACCGGAUUGGCUUGAGAUGGACUCUGAUAUCCAUUGUAUUCGGAAAUGUAUGGUUUGUGCUGGUUGGAUCAGUAUUUUGUGGUUUAUCCGCUGGUCUUUUCUGGGCCUCUGAGGGUGCUGUGGCAUUAGGUUAUCCCGAGCCUGCAAAGCGAGGCCGAUAUAUGAACAUCUGGCUUUGGUUCCGUACAGGUGGCCCGAUACUGGGAGGUGCUAUUGUCCUUGGCCUCAACCAUGCUGCCAAUGCCCAUGCCAAAGGAAAAGUUGGAUCUGAGACGUAUCUCAUCUUCGUCGCUCUCCAAUGUACUGCCGUUCCUAUAGCCUUCUUCCUCACGUCACCCGACAAGGUCCAACGCACCGAUGGAAGCAAAGUUAGGAUUAUCCUGCAGGACUCGUGGCGUGAUGAAAUGAAAGAGCUCUGGAAGGUCUGCCAGCGGAGAGAGAUUCUUUUGCUAUUGCUUGUUUUCUGGGCCGCAUACUUCAAUAUGUAUACCGGAAAUUUCAAAACGUACUACUUUGGCGUGCGCGCUCGCGCGCUGAUUGGAUUCGUCACCUACUUCGCCACUCUUCUUGCGUCAACGAUCAUUAGUAGAUUCCUGGACUACCGCGGCCUUUCGAUUAGAAACAGAAUCAAGUACAGCUUUUUCUACGUGAUCAUCGUCCACAUCGCUGCCUGGGUCUACUGUUGGGUUAUCCAAGAGAAGUACACCAGAAACCCACCAACGCUUGAUUGGGCCGACAAAGGCUUCGUUGAAGGAUUCUUCGUUAUCCUGCUCUGGGAAUUCGCUCAGCAAUCGCUGCAGAAUUUCCUCUACUACCUUCUCUCCACAAUGACCGACAAUAUCUCCGAACUCUCCCGGUUGUCCGGUAUCCUCCGUGGCCAGGAGAGCUUUUCACAGGCUGUUUCUUACGGUCUCAACUCGAAAAAAUGGCAUGGUGGAAGAGUGCCACUUAUCGUUAACACUAUCCUUCUCGUUCUUGCGGUGUGGCCCACUUGGCUCGUUAUCAGGGUCCACGUUCCCAUCGAGCAUUCUAAGGAGACUGCUGAGUUGCCCCAAGCCCAAGACGAGGAGCAAAACAACGUUAGUCUCUCUGAAAAGGAGACAUUUGUUGUCGCCGAAGCAGUUGCUUCGAAAUAA